CUGCACGUUGCCCCCAUCCCACCCCGUGCUUAGGAGGAGCUGCACUCAGGGCUCUGCUCGUGCUCACUUGACCCACACCUUGCUUUUGGGCUCUCAGCAGGGCUCCCCCCCCCAUGGCCACCCCUCUCCUGAGACACAACACACCCCCAGCCCAGCCCUGGCAGCACCAGGACAUCAAGCCCUGUGGUUUUCACGUCAUCACACACAACGAGGCCUCCAGCAAGCCCAAGGACAGCAAGAAGCCCUCCAGCCCAACGUGGUCCAGGAGUGGCACCUCACCCCACCACAGCACUGGCCCCACCAGCCCCUGGGACGACAGGUGGGAGCUGAGCACCUUGGUGUUCCUCAGCUUGAAGGUUGACCAGAAAACCCAACGCAUCACGGAGGUGGCAGCGACCAAUGGUGAGAACACCUUCAAGAUGCUGAUUCAGAGCCCUGAGUCGGUGCUGGUGCUGCUCUCCCAGGGUGUCACCAUGGAGGUGGGGAUGCAGAACCUCCUCUGGUACCUCUCCUCAAUCCCCAGGCCUGUCCUUGUCACCUAUAACUUCUGGGCACUGGAGCUGCCCGCUCUCUUUAAAGCCCUGGAUGCCACGGGCAGGAAAGUGGACUUCUGCCACAUGGUGCAUGGUUACAUGGAUAUGUUGUCCUUGAUCAAGGAAAAACGGCCUGGAGCCCCUUCCUACAAGCUGAAGAACCUGCUGCAAGAGCACCUGGGGCAGCAGCUCAACUCUUGCAGCACGUUGGCCACGGCCAAAGCCUUGCAGGAGCUGUGGUGGGCCCUGGAGCUCCCUGCCCAGCCCGAGGUGGGGACAAUGCUGACCCACUGCAACCUGCAGAGCUACACCAUGCUGCUGCCCUUGGUGCACGAGAAGCUGCUCACCAGGAAGGCAGCCAAGACCCUGGCCCGUCGCAACCUCAUCCUCUGGAGGGUGAAAGAGGUUGUGAAGGCAACUGUGCCAUGAGCUGAGCUGGCCAGGUCUCAGCUUCAGCGGGCCAGGGAAUGCCCAGCGUGGCCCCACAUGGGAUUCUCAGAGCCCCCUCUGCUCCCAACACGGGGGCUGAAAAGGUCCAGGACACUCUAGAGGGAAGAAACCAGCCAAUCAGAUGAAUACCCUUAUCAAAUAAAUGAGGUACCAACA